AUCUGUGUAUAGACUAUAUUACUAGGCAUGCAUGCAGCUUACAUCCUCUUGGACGGGACAAUGCUAGACCAAAAGGAGGCAAGAGAAAGAAAUGACUAAGGGCUUACCACAGCACCAUCGAGCAAGCAGCACUCAGCACCCAGCACCCAGCACCCAUCACCAGCCGUAGCGCCCGAAGCACCCGUUGGUCUCGAUCCAUUCAUUUUUGACCCUUAGACUCUCCUUCGCUUUCCUUUAGACUCCCUCGACAGCCUGUUUCCUUCUUUUCCUUCCUCCCUUCCUUCUACUAUUCCCUUUUUGUCAUCCCCAUUGGUCUGCUUCUAGCACUCCACCACGCUCCCAAGCGAGUUGCACUCCCUCGCACGAUGCCACUCCGGGAGACAGAGUCCGGGGCUCGCCACCUCAAGAAUAUCUUCGCACUUCGCACCACCCGGCUCCUCGUCCUCCUCCUCACCCUCGCCUCUCUCCCCAUCCUCUUCGUCUACCAUGAUCAGCUCAGUAAGAGCUACAAUAGCAACACCAAUGCCGUCGCCAAUUCGGUUGCCACUCCUGUCACCUCAAACUCCUCUUCAAUAUCACCGCCUCCGUCAUCAUCACCCUCCAAUACAACAACCCUCUGGUCGUCAAUGCAAACCAUUGACUACAUCUAUAUGGUCCUUACCCUCCUCAUCUUCAUCCUUCAUGUCCACCCUGCCAAACCCUUCUUCCGCACCAUCCAGACCCUCAACCUCUGUAUCCUUGUGCUCCUGUCCUUCAUCUGGAUUUCACUUAGUAUCCUCUGGUUUACAGACCUGCUCUGGAUGAACUACGAUCCACUUCUCGGACCCUCCGCUGCAUCCUUACCUUCAUAUGGCCCCACUACUUCCUUACUAUCAUCAAUAUCCAUCGCCACUGUCACCCCUACUGCGACUGUCGGUCCACCAGGGAUCCCAGCCGCGAUUGUGGGUUAUACGCUCUUCCCAUCUGGGGAACCCACUGCCAUAACCUCAAUCGCCUUCACAACCUUAACAACAACAGCAACCUCCCAACCAACCGCCACGCCUACUAGCAUCGCGCCUCCUAGUCCUGUUACACAACAAGAGUCCCUAUCGGACGUACAAUGGGCCGCACAAUGCCAUACCGCUGAAGGACUCGGCACAGGACCAUGUGAACUCAUGAUGGUCUACCACUUUCUCGGAUGUUUUAUCGCCUUGGGAUUGUUGAUCGAGGGGUCCCUGUCGUGGUUGGUCAAUAUGCAAGAGGAACCCGUCGAGGCCAAACUCAAGCGGUUACAGGCGAUUGAUGAGAGGAAGACGGCGAAGAGGACAAAGAGGAUACAGAAGGAAUUCCAAGCCCAGGCGCGGAUCCCGGUCAUUCAGGGGCCCAUGAUUGGGUAGAGGAUGAAUUGCACGAGCUACUUCUGCCAUACACAUGAACUGUAACAUUAGAAUUUGUAUUAAAUUUGCAAGAAUGAAACGACAACACGGAAAAGAUUCAGAGAGAACUGUGCGCUACACCGAAUGGUUGGAUGAAUGAAAGAAUGCC